GACAGCCUCAACGAUCGGCGACUGGGCCGAAUAAAACGGUUGGCAGUUGAACGCAUGUGCUCUGUUCGGAGCCCGAACCACCCGAGGCACCUUGAACCGGUGACAGGUCUAUGGACCAAACGUCAUGGUAGGUUGAGUCGUCGUUUUGCCCCCGACUCGGUGAGGAAACGAGUCGCGCCCUCGGACAGGACUGGAGUAUUUGGACGACUCGCUUCCCCGCUUCCUCGGGUUGUGCUUAAAUGGCAAAGUUUGUGCAUGAUGAAGCGAUGGUAGGUAGGACGUGGUGGCUGUCCAUCUGCCGUCGUAGGAUGAACCCAGGUCGACGCUUGAGAGGGGGUCCCUGCAACAUGCGGACAUGACCGAACAGAUAGGAGUAUCAUGGUACCAACAAUUCAGCAAGUAUGGCCGGGGCAUGGAGCAUGGACGGGCCAGAACGCAGUUCUUUACGCAUCUUGAAGGGCAUAGACCCCUGGCAAUGGCAAUGUCUUCCGUCGGUAUUGUGGUGCAUGAUGGCGUUUCUGGCUCCGAAGUUUGCAGCCUCUGCAACGUGUCCCAUGCUCCUUUGGCUGGCAGCUCUGCCUCGACAACGGCGGCUUGGCUUCUGCUGCAAUCGCUGUCAGUUGGGGGAGAGAUGUUGGCUAUGGAUCCCCGGAAUUGGAGAGGGGUCAAAGGUUGUUCCACCUGCAUGGGCCAGGUGCUUUGGGGCAAGUUGGGGCUCUUGUUGCUUUGGGUGGGUACGAGGAACUUGCAGCUGCUUUUCUCUGUCAAGACAUAGAGAACUGCGUGUAACGGAC